UAAUGCUUUCAGUUUCAUUUUAAACUUCGCAGGUGUUGUUUCGCAAAGCGGUUAAAAUCAUAAAAUAAUAGAGUGGAAAAAAGAAUUUUAUGCAAAAAUAAAGAAAAAUAUUUUACAAAGAUUUUAAUAAACACAGAAAAUAUUAGAAAUAUUAAACAAAUACAAACAAAAAUUAAAAAACAACGUUUAGUGUCAAUUAUUUAUCUAAUAUUUUCAAUAAAUAACAAAAGUAUAAAAGAAUUAUUUGAGCUUUGAGUGUGAGUCUUAGAGAAAAACUAAACGGUAAAAAAAGUUUGUUGCUUAAGUCUUUUGUUUUUUCGUUUCUUGUGGAUCUGGUUGUUUGGCUGACUUGACUGGCAUUCCUUUCAAUUUUAUGCAAAACAGAAUAUAAUUUAUCAAAAAAAUAACAACAAAAUUGUUUGUUAUGCAAAUAUUUGUUUAUAUUGCGUGUAAUAAUUCAAGUGCAAAAUAAACAUUUACAACUACAUGACUACAACAAGCCAACAACUAGAAAAAAAAUUAAAAAAUAGCCAACAUUUUUAACAAAAAAAUAAAAGACAUACAUGUAUAAACAACCUAACACAUGUGAUUGUUGUGCAUGAUGGUGACUAAAAUCAACAACAUCAACACCAUCAUCAUCAUCAUCAUCGUCAUCCUUUAAAUACACACAUUAUUCGUAAAUGGCACGUGCUUUGUUUAAGUUGUUUUUGCAUUUAAAUGAAAAUAAAUAUAAAUAAAACUACAAAUAAGCAAAUAAAAUAAAAAAUAACGUUUUUGUGCAUUUAACUAUAAUAUAUCUUAAAAGUGUGAUAAAAAUUUAUUUCAUUUCCAUAGUUUUUUAUGACAAAUUAUACAGAUUAACAAAAGAAACAUCAAAGAAAAAAAUUAUAUUGUUAAAACCUAUUUCCUAGUUGAAAUAGAAAAAAAUAUAUAAUAAAUAAAUCAAAUAAAUAUUUUUUAAAAUAUAUAGAUUUAUACAAAUCAUUUGUUUGCUAUUUACAUCAGAGUUCUUCUAUUCAUCAGUUCAGUUCUGUUCAACUCAAAUCAAUUCUGUUUUGUUUAACAAAACAAAUAAGUUGAUAAACACAAGUGAAGAGUAAAGGAUGAUAAAGUGAGAAUAAAUCAUUUUGCAUAUACCAACGAAAAUUAGCUGAAAACUUUAGAAACCUUAAAUACAAAAAAUACACAAAUUAGAAAAGUUAACAUGAUUUUAAAACAUAAUCUAUUGCUAAUAUCAAUGCUACUUGGGAGUAUUUUAACUACAGUAACAGCAUAUCCCCAAUAUGAAGAUGAGGGAAGCAAUGUUCAGGCAGAGAAUGUUCAAACUAAUGAAAAUGAAGAAAUUUACGAACCCGCCCUGUUGCAACAGCAUGUUGAUGAGAUCGAAAGAAAAACUGAGGCAUUAAAUCACAUGGAUGUAGAUAUGGAUUCGAAAACAGAAGUUACUUUAAAGAAUGUACGCAAUAUAUCAGAUAACCAACUCUCCAACGAAUAUAUUUCCAUAGAAAAUGAAGUUCAACAUGAUGUUAACAUGCCAAAAGAAGUUGAAACGGAAGAUAAUACUUCUAUAGAGAGUACCGAACAAAAUUCGAAAAUAUUGUCCAAGGAAGAGGAAUAUGAAACUGAAAAUCCAAUAAGUAAAAAGAUCAGAAUGGGUAGACUUUUUACUACAACUACAGUACCCGAAUAUAUACGCAAAAUUGGUAAUGAAAACCCAACUUUAACCGCCAGAGAUACUAAUAUUUCCAAUUCUGAUUAUGUGGAAGAUGAAGAUGACAUUGUAGAUCAUAUGCAAAGAAAACCUACAACAAAAAUACCCAUAAACCAUAAUCUAGAUAAUUCAAGUGAGGAAAAUGACGAAAUAGUGCCUUUGGCUAUGAAAUACUAUGAUGAAAUACCACCUGAAAAUGCUUCCUCAUCCCGUCAUGUAGAACAUGUCAGUUCAGAAGACUAUUACGAAGAGGAAUUUCAUGAAACAGAAUCGACAACAGCAGACAAUAUUUUAUUACGUACUUUAUUUGCUGGCCCCACUACACCCAAUGACAUGAUCAGCAUUACAGCGCCCACACCAAACCCUCAAACAAUAGGCUUAGAUGAUAAUAAUAAUCCCAUGGGACAAUUUGACUUAUCAUUAUUUACAACUACAGCGCCGCUACCACCGCCACCUCAAUCCCAAACCCAAACAGUAUUGGGCAUAACCUCAAAUGCAGUGGCAGUCGGUCCAGUUGUAAAUGAUAAGAAAGCCAAACAAAUACCUAUUAUCAACACAGUACCAGUUGUAACAACGACUGCAACUACAAGUAGUAGACGUCGCCUUUUGCCAUAUGAACAAUUACGUAACUACGUUGAAGAUGCUUACAUUCGCAUGCCACUUGCGGUCAUCGUUGAUACAUCUGCAGAAGCAUUGGCGAAAACGAAAGCACUAUGGAAUGAUGCCAUGCGUUCAGAUUUCAACGUUAAAAUUGUAAUGGUAACAUUAAAUAAAUCCGAGGAAUUACCAGCUGCAUUUUAUUUCAAUAAUACUCGACAAUUUUUAACCGGUUUAAAUAGCAUAAAAGCGCAAUAUAACGGUGAUGCCUUUAGGGGAAUAUCAUAUGCAGCGUCAUUGGUACCCUAUGACAGUGCGAUAUUUAUAUCAACGGCUCAUAUGGCCAGUAACAAUCAUCAAGUGCAAAAUUCGGCCAUAACAUUGCUCAAAAAAAGAAUAAGGCUUUAUCUUAUUUGGUUUGGAAACACUACAAAGUGUGAUUGUGAAAAUGAAACACAAAACUCAAUUGGUGGCAUUUUAGGAGAGGUAGCCACACGAUCAGGUGGAGAAAUUUUACAUAUAGUGGGUGAGGAGAAUUCCCAAGAAUUGGCUGGUAGAACGCAUACAAUAGUAGCCGACGCUUUAAGAGGUUCCCAGGAAGUCGACGUACCGGUGGAUACCACAUUAUCUAGUUUACAUGUAAAAAUUGAUAAACUGAUGCGAAGAGCAGUAUUGGAAACGCCCAAUGGCGAAAUUAAUUUGAAGAAAUUAGUUAAAUUUAAAACACACUCAUUAAGCACAUUCGAUGACGACGAUAAGCGCUUAGAUGCUUAUGUGCCUUUAACAAAAUUGCGCAAAGCCACUGUUUACAAAUUAAAAAUGAUACCAGAAGAUUUAACAACGGAAUACAGUGUUUUCAUUAGAGGCGAACGUAAAGCUGACACAUUUCUAGAUGAUAUGAUUAAACACUUUGAAACGUAUUUCUUUGAAGGCCACACCUCAUAUCCGGCUCGUGCACAUAUUGGUGAAUUGCAGCAAAGUGUGGCACCAGAAGUCCUAACACAUUCUAAAUUACAAUUUCCGACCGAUGAAAAAUCUAUACCCAAAAGUGAAGUAGAAACAUUUUCGACACAUGAAAUUCAUCUGAAUACAAUCAAUAGUCAAGAGAAUAACAUUUCGUCUCUGGCGGCAACAACUGCGGAGCCUCAACAAAGAAACACUAAUAUUUUACAAAGAACAAACACAAGAAUUGAAAUGGGUACACAAUCCCAAAUCCUUAUCGCACCCGGUAUGCUGGGUCAGUUAUAUUUUGAAGUCACAAAUACAGGCUAUGAAGCUGCGUACUACAAUAUACAAGUAGUAGACGAAAGACGUUAUUUAAUGAGAUUAACGCCACAAAGCUUUUUUUUACGUCCUGGUCAAAUGAUUACAGUUACAGUAACAGUUUUAGUACCACAAAAUGCGCAAGGAAACACCAUAGAUCAUAUAACAUUUUCAACUACAUCUGUUCGUACUACAACGUCCCUGACGCUCAAUCUUAAAGUUAUAACAACCAUAGAUGCACAGGACAACACGUUACCCUCUAUCUCUUGGUUGUUUGGCAGUCGUUGUGAAGGUAUUUCCAGUGAAUUAGAUUCAUGUUCGGAAAGAUUUUGGAGUAUGUACAUUACCGCUCAGGAUUGGCAAACUGGCAUAUUGCGUUUACAAGCUACACCUUCAUCUGGUUUAAUUUACACAAAAUCCUAUACUAUAGGCUCUACUGAACCUUUGAAAGCUACUUAUGUGGCUUCUUGUUGUGAGCCAAAAGUUUCGUUAGUAGCCUUUGAUGUUGCUGGCAAUCAACGUUCCCAUACUGUCGAUGUUAGAGAUUUGGUGUUGACCGAAGCAUCAAUAGCUGCCAUUGCAUUAGGCGCUAUUUUACUCAUAUUACUUAUUAUAUUGUUAAUAGCUGCCAUAGUAUGGUGUUGUCGCCGUCGUAAGAUAGUAUUGGAUCUUCCAACGUAUAGAUCACAUUCUACUAGAAGUAUGGAAUAAAAACAUGCUUCAGAAAACUAUUGAUUUGAAAUAGAGAUCGUUUUUCUUUUCAAACCGAACUAAAUAAUAGCACUGAUUUAUUCAUAACUUGGAAAAAAUUAUUGCAACUGCCAUACAUACGUAGUAAUAACUAGAAAUCAUUUACUUUAAAUUGCUGCAUUUUUAAAAUAUGU